UAAAAGUCGCUUCGUGUUGCUUGCCCAACGACUGAGAAGAAAGAAAAUAAAAUCAGCCGCAGCAGCAGCAGCAGCUAAAGCCAGAGAGACAGCGGCGGCUAAAAUAAGUGAAAUUCGAGGCAACAACAACAACAAGACGUCGACGAAGAAGAAGAAGUGGACGGAACGAAUGCACAACGAACUUCGCAUAAUGUUGAAAUACGAAACGCCUUGAGGAGAACGUCUGCGUCAGCGUCAGCGUCGCGGUCUGUGACGACAGCAGCAGCAGCAGCGGCGACGGCAGCAGCAGCAGCAGUUAGCAAAAGGCAGACAAACAGGCAAAACCUGCUGAGACGACACGACGAGUCCUUGCUCGUCGGUUCACAAGUGCGGAACACAACAGACACAAGCUAACAAAAAAAAGAAAUAAAAUAAAAAACAGAAGAAUCUAUAUAGACAUAUAAAUAUACAUAUAUUUAUUUCAAACAAUUUAUUCACCAUCAGCAAAAUCAAAACUCUUCUCAUCAAUUCAGAAGCAAAGUGCAAAGCUGACAAAGUGUAAUUCGUGCUAAAGUGCAAACUGAUUUCCUCAAAAUCAUCUCAUACAAAAGUUUUUCGAAAAUUUUUCAAAACAAAAAACAAAUAAAGUGCCGCAAGCUGAGCGCUAAGCAAAUAAAGAAAAGUGCUAACAAGUUCCUUCAACAUAAAAGUUUAAGUAAAUUAUAUAGCUAACAAAAAAAAAACAAACAAACAAACAAACACAGCAAUAAAUAAUUAUACAAAUUAUACAACAACAACAAAAAAGUUUUCUUUUGCAUUUUAACAACAACUAAACAAAGUGUGAAAAAAAGGCAAGAAAAUUAUCAAGCAAAGUGCUGUGCGUACAAAAAUCUGAAGGCCUAAAGCAAAGCAAUUUGGCAAAGAGACAGAGAGCUAAAACUAACGGGAAGUUAUAAACACAGCAAGUGGCGCAAAAUUGCAAAAAAGAUUUUUUAGGCAGCCGCAAGUGACUUCCGUGCCAGCAGCUAAGCCAAAAGUGUAAAAGAGCAAAGAACGUGAGCGAGAGAUAGAGAGAGAGAGAGAGAGAGAGAGAAAGCGAGAGAGAGAGGGUGAGAGGCUUAAACAAAGUGCCGACGGCAAUUAUAUGCAUGCGUGCGUGUGUGUGUCUCUGUCUCUGUCUGUGUGUGUGUGCCUGUGUGUGUGUGUGAGCAACUAGUGUUAGAGCUGACCAACGGCAACAACAACCACACCCACUCCCACAAUUCCCGUUAAGGUGCGAGCGGGUCGAACAAAGUUCAAGCAAACAAUACGUACGGCCCAGACACUUUACGCCUGGAAGUAGACAAUUGAUUAUUGAUUUUGUCUCUAAAGAGAAAGGCAACAACUUCAACUCCAACUCCAACUCCAACACCGAAUCCAGUGUUGUUAAGCGUGCAGUGUUGUGUAACGCGAGCGAGCAUGCAGCAGCAGCAACUGACACUGAAGACUUACAAGUGUUAAGUUAAGUUGCGCCCCCACAACAAUUAAAUCGAGAGCCAUUCUACCAGUAAGCGAAGAAGCGCAGCCCUUUCUCCCCUCUCCAUCCCAACUAGCACCACAGCCACAACCAUCCUCUUUACUUUCUCUGCUGCCGCCUCUACGCCCAACAUUUGCCAACAUAAGUCGUCUAAUUGAUAAACUGCGCCACAGCAACAAGCAGAAAAUGUUCUUCUCGCUAGCACAGACCUUGGUCUGUGUUCUGCUCAUCCAAGGCGGCCUCUAUGCGCUCCAUCUGAGCGGCAAUGGCAACGGCAACGGCAACGCCAAUGCCGCCGACAAGCAGCUGCAACUCCAACAGAGCAGCAGCAGCAGCGGCGGCAGCAACGUCGGCAGCGCUCUUAGCAGCAGCAGCAGCAACUCGAUGGCAGCGCAAUCAAAUGCAGCGAUUGCCCAAGCGUCCGCCUGGCAGCCGCAUCAACAGCAGCAGCAGCAGCAUCAGCAUGCGGGCGGCGGUGCGCCACCUGGCGGCGGCUUGAGCCACAGCUCACAUCGCUCAGCAGCCGCCGCAGCAUUCGAUGCGACCACAGGUCGUUUGAAUAAGGAAAUUGCGGACAUGGCGCAGCUGGAGCGCGAGCGUCUCAUGCUGCUCGGCCUGGCCAAGCAGACCGCCGAAAGUCCCGCUGCGCCCGCUGGCCACCAUGGACGUCCCAUCAUUGCGGGCCGCAUACAAAUGCAGCCCAGCGAGGAGCUCGACGUGGGCGACUAUCCGGCGCUGGUGCAGCAGGCGGCGCGCGGUUUUAUGUUUGGCAGCGUGCAGAAGCAGCCGCCGCCGCCGCUGGCCAACGACGAGGACUACGAUCAGCUGCGUCAGUUUGGGCGGCGUCCCGUUAAGUACGACUAUGGACGCAUAGUGCAGCCGGCGGAGCGUGAGCUGGAGGCAGCUGAAACUCUCUACGAGCCGCUGCAUGGCUUUGGUGACUUUGAUGACUUUUCGGAGCUCGAGUCGAACUCACAGGAUGCUGCUCCGCAUGUCUCGGAGGAUGAGCUGCUGCGCGAGCUGGACGCCUAUCAGUACCAUGGCCUGGUCGAAGACCAACCCGAGAAUCCCUAUCGCACAUUGGAGGCUCUGGAGCAGGGCGCGCCCGACUCCUUCCAGCAGCUGUUCGAGCAGGAGCAGCGCGAUGCGCCGGCCAAAGCCAACGCCAACGCCAAGUCCCACUCCCAAGGCAACUACAACAUACGCGCUCAACAAAAAUGGGCACACAAGCGUGCGCAGACCCAAAAGCAACAACAACAACAACCUUUGCUCCAACGCAACAUCUUUGGCCAACACUUUAAGCAGCAACGCGGCAAACUGGCGCUGGCCAAUUCGGAAGCCACAGCCAGCAAGCAUCAGAAGAUGGCCAAGGAAGAGCAAACAAAAACCGAAGACAAGACACACGAAUCUUCAAUCUCAGCUCAGCCGCAACACCAGACGCAGUCUGAGGACAACAAGAACAAGGAAGCGGAGCAGCCAAUGCAUCCCAAUCACAAGCGCUCCGGCUCUGGCUCUGGCUCCGCCGCAGCAGGCUCCAUGGGCGGCUAUGCGCCGCAGCCGCCGCCCGUCUCCCACAGCCUUGCCAGCCAGCUGAUGUUGCGCACAGCGCGCGGACAGCGGCAAUACGAUGUGCCACAAAUAGAAUGUCCCACCGCGAUGGAUGGCAUGGAACGCUUCGCCUGCCCCACACCCGAUCUACAGGGUCGCUAUCGCUGCAUAGACGAUCAUGUGCUGUGCGACGGCUUCAUCGAUUGCCCCGAGGGCGAGGAUGAGGACAGAAGAUCUUGCAUGUUCUACAAAACGACGAAGGCUCAUUUGGAUGUGUUAGCAGAUGCGUUACUGCGCUGGGCGCGAGGGCGUUAAACACAGCACACAAAUACAAACAAAGACACUCACACAUACAUACACAGUUACAUACACACAUACACACACACACACCUAGAGAACCCACGUUAAACAUAAAUUACAAUUAGUUUUACGCUCUAUAUAUAUUUAAACUGCGAACGUGCAAAACCUAUUACGUUUAAACAUGGCCAGGCACACACACACACACACUUACUCAUACUUAUAUAUAAAUACUUUUCCAAAAAAACAAAAACCACCCCGCCUGUCGUCAAAAGCCCUAAGAACAUAUAUACAAGUUAAUAGUUUGUGGCUAUUGAACUAUCGAAAGUAAAUUCGAGGGUAUGAUUUAAUUAUUACACAAUUAUUAAUUAAACAAUAUGUAAGCCAAAAGCUUAAGCAUAUUUAAAUG